AUGCCCAAACAAGCGCUUGAAGUUUCCAUGACCUUGCAAGGUGUGGAGAGAGUAACCAUCAAUGAUCCUGCUAAUUUUACAUGGAGGCUUAAAAUUAAAUGUACUCAUUGCAACACUGAACAUUCAAAGAAUGUAUUUGUUUGUGAAAAUGAAAAGGAAGAUAAAAAUGUAAAAUCUGGAACGAGUGAGACAAACUUGAAUUUUACAUGUCCUAACUGCAAACGUCAAUCAACCUUGGACAUUGUCAGUGGAAGUUUUAAGGAAAUUUCGGGCAGUGAGAAAUUCUUUCCAAUGAUCCAGUUUGACGGACGUGGCAUUGAGGUAGUGAAAUGGGAACCAGAAGGCAAUGAAGGGCUUGUGGCCUACAAUAGUGAGGGAACUAGUUUUGAAGUAAAUUUAGAGAAUGGUGAAUAUUAUGACUACGAUGAGGAUACUGAACAAGAAAUCUCUGUCACCAAUAUCAAGACAAGACUUGGAAAGUAA